CGUUAAUGUCACAUAAUUUUGAUGAUAGAAGUGUUAACAAUCUUUUAAAAGAGAUAGAUGAUCUUAUUAAUAGAAUGGGUGAUUAGAAUAAUGAAAGUCAUAAAAGUGAUAAUUCUUUUAAGGAUUAAUUAAGAUAAACAGGUCGAUUUGUAUAUGAGAAUGAAUAACCAUGUGAUGUUCCAAAGAAAUUCAGUACAUCAAUUCCAAAAAAACAAUAAAAUAAUUCUUAAUAAAAAAAAGUAACAAUAGUUGCUGAUAAGAAAUCAUCAUCAUCAUCUUCUUCUUCAUCUGAUGACGAAUAUGAAGUAUAGAAAAAAAAUAAUAAAUAAUAAGAUUAAUAAAAACAAAAGUCUAAAUAUAGUCCAAAUAAAGCAAAAUGGGCUGGAUCUUAAUGCUCUUAUAGAUCAAAAGCAAAAUCAAAUUUAAAAAGUGAAUCAUAAUCAUAAUUGUCAUAUCUAAAAACAUAAUAAUCAUAAUUAAUAGUCUAACCUGUCAAAGAUGUAUUUUGUUUGAUUUGUGAAGAAUUCAUUCCCAUCGAUAUUGUUAAUUUACAUAUAGCAGAUUGUUAAUAAAUAUCUAAUGGUGGUUCUGAAGAUCAAAUGUUAAAAUUAAAAUUAGAAAAUUAUAAAAAGUUAUUAAGUUUAAGAUUUGAGGCAAGCACCGAUGAAAAUGUCAAAUGUUUAAUUGAACUAUUGUAUAAUUGCACUUAAUAAAUACUUGAUGUAUCAGAUUAAUAUUAACUAUCUCAAACCAUUGAAGAUUUAUAUGUCUUAAAAACUCAAUUAAAUUAAAAUAGUAAUUAUAAAUCAUAUACUAAGUCUAGCUAAAGCCUAUCAUGUGUUGACAGUGGCUUAAAAAAUAUAAGAAAUAGCUAAUAGAAAGAUGUAAGUCAUGAUAUUACAGUAAGAGAAACAUUUAGAAGUCAAAGAAUCAUCAACAAUAUAACAUUAAAACAAAAUCAAUUUUAAAUAAUAAGAAUAAUAAAUAGAGUAUAAUAAUAUUCAAUAUUAAAUAUAGUCGUUAAACUGUUAUAAGUUAUGCUACUAACACUACUACUAAAAAGAGAUUGUUUGAAUCACCAUCAUUUUAAAAUAUGCCAAAAUAAUUGGUUAAAAUCUCUAAUAUAAAUUCAAAACCUAUAACAGAAUUCUAAAUUUAAAAAAAAUCACCAGUAAAAUAAGAAUAAGUUUAUUUAAAGAAUGGUAUUGAAUUAGGAAAUAAUUAUGAUUCCUCAAAAAAAAGAUCUUAUAUUUAAUUGUCUAAUUCUAAAAAAUUAUCUAAAGUUCACACUGAAUAAUAACCUUAAGAAAACAAUAGAGAAUUUGAACCCACUGUUAUUUCUAAAUUAUAAUCUUAUAUUUCAAAUGUGAAAGGCAAGUUUUCUAAUGAAAAUGAAUAAAUUAAAAAAAAAUUCUUCCUUUAAGCAUGUAAAUGCAAAGAUAAAUUUCCAGUAAAUCAUCCUGCUUAAAAUAUACUUAUAUCUGAAAUGUUUAACUAAAGUUUAAGAUAAUAAAUUCCAGAACAUGAAUGGGAAGUCUGGAUUAACAAUGUCCUUUAAAACGCUUGA